ACGUAUAAUGCUUUACCUCCUAGAUUAUAUGAGUUAAGGAAAACGCACAAAGUUGGCUGUAAGUUGAGGCUAGUUUUUAGCAAUAUUGGUUCACCGAGUUAUGAAAUAUCGAAGUUUGUGUAUAAAAUCUUGUCUCCAUAUGUUCUGAGUUUUGAAUUCAAUAUGAAAGACUCCUUUCAAUUUUUUGAGAGAAUUAAGUCUGUGUUAGUGGAUGAUGGUUACUUACUCAUUUCUUUAGAUGUAGUUUCAUUAUUCACUAAUGUGAAACAAGACCUAAUAACUAACAUCAUUAAAGAACGGUGGAAUGUCAUAAAAGAUUUUAUCAACCUGGACCAAGAACUCCUAUUCGAUCUUGUGAAGUUUUGUUUUCAUUCUGGGUAUUUCUUGUUUCAAAGGAAUUAUUAUAUACAGAAAGAAGGCUGCGGGAUAAGGAGUCCAGCAAGCCCCGUGGUUGCCAUCACUGCAGUGGAUUAUAGGGUGGUAGUUCUGUUAGUUUCCCUAUAUCAAAGGUUUGUCACCCAGGAUUGGAUGCUUGUUCAGGCAGAC